AUGUGCGGACCGGAAUUCACCAGCAAGCCUCGUGGCGGCGCACUUGCUGCCCUCAGCUCACCAAUCGAUGCCGAUCGGCUGCGGUCCAUCUGCGCGGAUCUCGCUUUUCACACUCCCGGCCACCCGGAGAGCAACGAAGCGACACAUGCGAGAUUGACGCCGGAUGCCGAAUAUGAUUCCAGCAUAUUAUCAGAUCUCCAUAUUGUCAUCCAUUCUAGCGGAGAUUUGUCAAGAAAGCCAGAGGAGUGCGGCACCUUCCAGCAGUUCCGAUUCCCUGCGGCGCCAACCUCAUGCAACAAGUCGUUUGUCGAGCUUCCUCUCGAUAAGCCGCUUUCACUAGAAGUCGGAAACGAUGGAAUCAUCGGCCGGCGAGUGUCGCUUUACUCUCGCUCUGUCCCCAGCCGGCUGGUGGCCGAGGGCAUCGUGGGAUUCAAUUUCCUCAGCAGGGCACAGCCAUGCUUGUAG